UUUUUUUUCCCUCAAAUCCUCACACGCCUUUGUCUGAGAUUUUUUUUUCCCUCCAUUUUUGAAAAUGGCCGAAGUUGAAGUUGACGCGACUGCUGCUGCCGAUCAGCAGCAACAAGACACCACUGCUGCGGCUACUGCGACUGCUGAUGCCCCGACUGCUGCGGAGGAGCAACAGCCGCGUGGCGCCAAGCGCCCUGCCGAGGACGAUGCCGAGCAGCAGGACGACGAGGCAACGACCAAAUCGCCCAAGAAGACCCCCGCCAAGCGUGGCCGCAAGCGACGCGCAGUCGCCAAGGGUGAAGACGAAGAGGAUGACGACGCCGCGUACGACGAGCAGCCUGAAGAGAAGGAGCCCGAGCAGACACCUCCCCCAUCUCUGCGCCCGCGACGCACGUCGAGCCUGCGCGCCACCGAGCGCACCGCCAAGAUCAUGGCCCGAGAGCACCGCCAAAAGGACGACGACGAGGUCAACUCGGACGACGACGAUAUUGACAAGAGCUCCCUCCCUCGCCGCGCUGCUGCCAGCCCGCGUGGCGGCGGUCGUGGCCGUGGUGGCCGAGGAGGUCGCCGCAAGGCUGCCCCUGCAGCCGAAGAGCAAGCCGAAGAAGCUGCAGCUGACGAGGACACCGCCACCGAGUCGCAAGACGCCGCGGCUCCCAUGGACACCACUGAGGACAAGCCCGAGGCUGCUGCCGCUGUUGCUGCUGCUGCUGAGCCUGAGACUGCUGCUGCUGCUGAGCCUGAGACUGCUGCUGCUGCUGCUGAGCCUGAGACUGUUGCUGCUGAGACUGUUGCUGCUGAGCCUGAGGCUGCCGAGCCCAAGGCUGAGACUGCCGAGCCCAAGGCUGCCGAGCCUGAGACUGCCGAGCCCGCCGCUGACAAGUCCACCGAGUCCACCGAGUCCACCGAAACUGCGGCUGCUCCUGCCUCAGCCUCGGAAUAAUCAAACCUCGGUUUCAUAGUUCUUCCAUUUGUUCAAAUUGUUUCACGCAGAU